GUUACAACCUGACACUGGGGCUGGCACACUGAUUGGAAACUGGUUUGAGGAGCGGGCCCUUCGUGAUUCCUCUGGUGAGGGGCGAACGGUGCCACAGCGUCACUUGCCUCGAUCAGGGCUACUGAAAGACUGGACCAAAGUGCCACCGCAGCCCAGGAAAGGCGACGACACCUUCGACCGUGUCUACGGGCCAAAGUCAUCGCUCGAGUGGGAGCCGGCCUCGAACGCCAUUGGCAAGGUGGACAACUCCACUCCGAACAUCAUGAUGGAUGGCCCUUUGGAUGUUGCCCUGAAGACAGCACACCACGAAGGGGCGGAGAUGGAUGUGCAGACCGAGGAGGGAAUUUUAGAGGAGGUGAAUCACGCUCGAUAUUUUGAGACCACCACAGGGGUCGGUCACCAGAAGCCCGACUACACCGUGGCAAAGAAGGCAUCUCACACGUCGAAGUGCUACGAACAAGAAAUCCGCUGUGGACCGGAACCUGAUGUGAUGCCAGCCCUUGAAAACACAGGCCUAGAAGUUCCGUUCCACGCCCACUAUUCGCGGGUGGAUCAGAUCACCAACACCAGGAUGUUCAUGGCUGACAAAGAGUUCCGGGGCAACGUCGCAGCCUCCGCUCCCACCGGUGUUGGACCCUUUCAUCGAAAUGCAGAGUUCACAAAGGGCUGUGAGAAGUUCAUCUUGGCCGUCCACAAGGAUGAGGGCCUGAACGCCAUGUACGCGGGCUUGAAAGAUUUGAAUCCCAUGAGGCAGCUGGGUGGUGAACAUCCAGCAGCACACUUUGCAUUGAUCCCAUCCUUGGCGGCGCUAAAGGGCACCAUCCAUCGAAAGGUUCAGGAGGUGUGGGGACCUCUGGGCUAUGUGAACCUGCGACAGCGUUUGUGCGAAUUCUGCGACCACGAAGGUUUCGUCCGCAAGGCAGAUGUGGUGGAAGUGCUUCGUGAAACCCUGGGCAUCUCAGAGGACGAGGUCGGCAGCAAGCCAUUGGAUGUAUGGCUGUCUCAGCUCACCACCAUGAAGAAGGACGAACUGAAAGCUUCGACCUUGAUGAUCUCCUUACGACCAGCCUUGCCGCAGAAGGACAAGCGACGCGUUCUCACGGCCUUCAAAUUAUUGCAAGGCCCUAGUGGCACCGCUCGCCUUGGUGAUUGGUUGCAGAGGCCGCGAGCCACAUGUGGCAGAAUCAUGAUCCGGAGAGGAGACUUAGGCAUGUGCUGCAAUCUCUUCAAGAUCGAUGUACAAUGGCCACAGGAUGUAUCUACCUCACCAUGGCUGCCUCAAUGGAUCUACGUCCUGCUCGUGGGCCUAGUGACCACUCUUUUUUUGGCAUUUCAGAUCGUACACCUGAUGGACUUCUUCCCCAAGUUUGGGUGGUUCUACUUUGUCUUCCUCACCAAUUGGGCCUUGGUGCUCGAAUCCGUGACACUGCUUUUGCUCUGGGUCUCAACCAUUUGGGCAUAUGGUUCAGCUCCGGGUGAAGGACAGAAAGCACCUCUUUUUGUGCGAGACGCCCUGUCCCUUUGGUACAUCAUCCAGCCCAUGUCGUUGGUUGUGGUGAUCCUUUACUGGACUGUCGUCAACCAGUUCUGGGAUCCAUAUGCCAUCGAAUUCUCGUCCCUCUGGGCACACCUCCUAAAUUGGAUGGUGUUGAUUGUGCAUUUGUUUGUGAGCAACCUACCAUGGUCUUUCAAGAAUGGAAUUUGGGCCUUUAUGUUCUCCGUGGUCUUUGUGAUUUGGACGAUCAUCCACUACUUCUUGGAGAUUGGUAAAGGAAUUCCAUGCGAUGACUAUGAGAUUGAGAAGUGUCCAAUCUACAAUACUUUUGAUUGGAACAAGCCAGGCCAGACCAUUGGGAUUUGCGUCGGGGCUUCUGUUGCUCUGCUGGUGGUCCUGGGUCUCUACACCGGCCUUUUCCGUUGCCGGGAUGCCUGUUCCGGACGUGGCAGGACUUCGACAGGGGAGAAGGAUGUUGAGGCAGCUGCGGCAUCAUAA